AUGCCCGUCUACUCCUUCUACAUCUUCGACCGCCAUGCGGAAUGCAUCUACAAACGCCUCUGGCUGCCGCGCCCAACCUCGCUCGCCGGCAAGGCCGCGCGCUCCGGGUCAGACCUAGCAGGCCUCGGCCAGACGGUGCGAUCAACGGACGACGACGCAAAACUGGUGUUUGGCACGGUCUUUUCCUUGCGGAACAUGGUGCGCAAACUGGGGGGCGAGGAGGACAAUUUUAUCUCCUACACCACCAGCCAGUACAAGCUCCAUUACUACGAGACCCCGACCAACACCAAGUUCGUCAUGCUCACCGACCUCAAGAGCCCCAGCAUGCGCAUCGCCUUGCAGCAGAUCUACAUCAAUUUGUUUGUGGAAUAUGUGGUGAAAAAUCCCCUGUCUCCGACCGAGCAUCCCGGCGGCGUGGGUGUGAACAAUGAGCUCUUUGAGGAAUCGCUGGAACAGUUCGUCCAGACUCGGGUGCUGUCAUAA